AUGCUUCACCUGCCAAAUACGGCAGGCAAAGCCGGGCGAUGAAACCAUGCAUAACAGCACCUGGCACAUCAACCGGCUCUGCAUUUGCCCAACAAGCAGACCCACACAUCCGGCACUUGAUCAUGGCGCAUCACAGUCAUAACCUACUGAACUUCUUGAACGAGGAUCGAACUCGGCAGAGGUUCUGCGACGUGUCCGUGUCCGUGGGUGGGAAGCUGUACGGCGCCCAUAAAGUGGUAUUGGCCCACGGGAGCAGUUACUUCCACGCCGAGCUGUGCAAGAACCCCGCCAUGACCCACGUGACUCUGGAUCACGUGGAGGACUCCGUUUUCCAGCAUCUGCUUGCCUUGCUGUACACGUCGGAGUGCGUGAUUGCCGAGACAGAGCUCCAGGCUGUCACUGAAGCGGCCCGCUUCCUGGACAUGAUGGAUGUGUUAAAGCUGGUGUGUGAGGAAGGGCCUAACAACAACACCGUCAGUGGGGAUGAGACAAAAUCACUAAUAGCCACCCAAGCAUCGUUUGAUCAGCAGAUAUGCAAUGAAAACUCACCACAGGACCAGAGUCUGAAUGACGGUCAGGCACAAACUCCAAGUAAAAGCCAGAGGUGUGGCGAUACGGCGGCCACCAUGCGGAGAUCUGCUCGAAGGAGGAAACCUCCGGCCAAGUAUCAGAAAGACGAUAUGGAGUGCUUGAACAACGCCGAGGAAACACGAGUGACUCCGUCACCGAGGGAGCAGGUCGAAGAAAGAUGGAACGAGGAAGAAGCCGCAGAAUCCAAACUGGUGGUGGAUGAAACAAGAUCAUCACACGUGGAAGAUUUUUUGGGUGAGGAGGAUGAAGAAGGCAAGAUUGAGGAGGGCGGCAAGGCACCAGCCCCAGGUCCCGUAUAUCCCGAAGGUCUGGCUCCUGUCAUCAUCCACAUCGCCAGCAAGAAGAUUCUCAAGUGCCCCAAAUGUGACAAGACCUUUGAUCGAGCAGGGAAGUACGAGAGUCACACCAGAGUGCACACCAAAGAGAAACCCUUCCAGUGUGACGUCUGCCUGCAGCGCUACUCCACCAAGUCCAACUUGACAGUUCACAAGAAGAAGCACGCCAGCGACGCGCCCUUCCAGAUGAAAGAGCACAAGUGUCCCUUCUGUAACAAACUCCACGCUAGCACAAAAACCCUGGCCAAGCACGUCCGGAGGUUCCACCCAGAACACCUCCAAGAGUUUCUCAGUAAGAGGAAGAAGAAGAGUGAAGGCUGGAAAUGUCCUAUUUGUCUGAAGUCUUUUACCCGCAGGACUCACUUGCAGGAGCAUAUGAUACUGCACACCCAAGAGCGGCCGUUCAAAUGCGCUUUUUGCGACGAAUACUUCAGGUCCAGGUUUGCCAGGCUUAAGCACCAAGAAAAGUACCACCUGGGACCUUUUCCUUGUGACAUCUGUGGCCGAAAUUUUAACGACACCGGCAACAGGAGGCGCCACAUUGAAUGCACCCACGGAGGGAAAAGAAAGUGGAUGUGCUUUGUGUGUGGGAAAUCAGUCAGGGAAAGAACAACGCUGCGGGAGCACAUGCGGAUCCACAGCGGCGAGAAGCCUCAUAUCUGUGCUCUCUGUGGCCAAGGUUUCCGCCACAAGAGUUCAUACAGGCUCCACUUGCGAAUGCACCGCAAUGACAAGCGCUACGAGUGUGACGAAUGUGGGAAGACCUUUAUACGCCACGAUCACCUAACCAAACAUCAGAAAACGCACUCUGAGGAAAAAGCACAUCAGUGUGAAGAAUGCGGCAAGUGUUUCCGGCGCCAGGAUCACCUGGCAGUCCACUACCGAAGUGUUCAUUUGGGAGAGAAAGUGUGGCAGAAGUAUAAACCGGCCACGCAUCAAUGUGACGUUUGCAAGAAAGAAUUCAAGGGAAAGUCCAGUCUGGAAAUGCACUUCAGGACGCACUCAGGUGAGAAACCCUUCACUUGUCCAGAGUGCCACCAGACGUUUCGGAUCAAGAAGACCUUGACGAAGCACAUGGUGAUCCACUCGGACGUCCGUCCUUUCAACUGCCAACAGUGCAACGCCGCCUUCAAGAGAAAAGACAAGCUCAAGUAUCACGUGGACCACGUCCACAGCAGCCGCUACCUCGAGCAGCCGCUCGGGGGAACCCCGGCCCAGGACAAGAUGGGCCCCGAUCCUUUUAGUACCCAACCCAAGUCGACACCUAUGGACAUCCGCGCGCCCGGCGCUUUAGACCCUGUCCAGAUGGCGGUUAGACCCGGGCAGGGCCAAUUGGACGCUCAUCCGGGCAUGCGAGCUGAAGAACCGCAGCCGAAUUCAGGUUACCAGAACUCCGAGCUGGCCUUUUUAGAGAAAUACGCCCUGGCGCCUCAGUCGGCCGACAUUGUUCCCCCCGUGAGGUCCGAUCAGAUGCUCGACACCCGAGAGCAGGCUUACCUGGGAACACUACUUGGUUUGGAUUCCACGUCCUCUGUGGAGAACAUCUCAAACGCGAACCAAAGUCACCGCUGAGACCUUCAGGGACAGUGUUGCUAAAGUAAAGCGAAACAGAGUCACUCGAUGUACAGCAACUACUAAUGACAGUGGUACCUUGGGCUAAGAGCGUUUAUUCUACUCAUUGCAAUUACGAGUGACCUGCAGACAUGCUUGAGUGAAGUGAGGGGGGGAAAAAAAGGCAGCGCAUCAGUUGCGAGUGCACUAAAAAUGCCGAGGUCAUCGAGGGACAGCUCACUGGCCCUGUGAGGACACAUUUGAAAUCUGAUUGGUUCACAAAACAGUCCCACAAAACAUACGGUGGUACCUUCACCUAUGACUUUGAUUAUUUUGUAUUAUAUUCCGCUGUUUAGUGCUCCUUUUCUUAACGAUGUAUUGUAUUGUAUAAUGUAACCCUUUAAGCGCCAACGUAGCAAAAUUGAACCAAGUGACCAACUUAACAGGAUGCGUUCAUCUCAAACAUUUUCAAGCUACAACCUUUUGAACUAGUUUCGUCAAAUCAGAAUAUUUUAUUUUAAAAAACUCUGGAGUUCCUCUUCAAAAUCUGCAACAGUGGUGACGCUUUCGAAUACGUUGUUUUGAAUGAAUAAAUAAGUUGUGAAUCCUCUGAUGUAUGUUGAGCAUUCUCAGUCAC